CCGGUGCACAGUUCAGAGCCCAUUUGAACCAGCGUGUAAUUAGGAAGAAGGCACUGUGAGCACCAGCUCGUGAUCUACAGUCUUUAGAUUUUUAUAUUAAAGAUACAGGAUUGGUCUGCCGGACGACGACAACAAAAUAGUUUAAGACCUUGGCGCCCGAUAAAGGCACUGUGUCAAAGUACAGGGAGUCUACUAGUUUAUGAAAGUCGGUAUGAAAUCGGAAAGAUAGCUAGCGAGCUAGCCAGCCUGUUAGCCUGUGAGACUGUUGAAGACAUUCUGCUGUAGCUCGAUAUAGUUACAGCGGCUGCGCCUUGUAACUCGCUCUGGUUCGUUUAUAUGCCAGUCAGUCAGUUGGCCUUGUGAGAGUGAGAAUGCUGAAGUUGACGACUCAGGCGUACUGUAAGAUGUUACUGCACGCUGCGAAGUAUCCUCAUUGCGCUGUUAAUGGGCUACUAGUGGCUGAGAAGCAGAAAGAGAAGAAGAAAGAGGGCCACGCCGGCCCCAUACUCUGCGUGGACUGUGUACCCCUGUUUCACGGCACUUUAGCGCUGGCUCCCAUGUUGGAGGUGGCACUUACACUGAUUGACACAUGGUGUAAAGAAAACAAAUACGUAAUAGCUGGUUACUAUCAAGCCAAUGAACGCAUAAAGGAAGUGAGACCCAAUCAAGUUGCUGAAAAAGUAGCAGCGAGGAUUUCAGAAAAUUUCAGUGAAGCGGCAAUGAUAAUAUUGGACAACAGCAGAUUUACUAUGGGAUGUUUUACACCGAUCCUUUCCAUUUACGAUCAUCUUGACAAUAAGUGGAAGUGCAGAGACCCAAGCAUAGACUCGUUUGAAGAUUGGACAGAAGCUCAGAAGAUCACAUCAGCCUUAUUGGAGAGCAGGUCCUAUGAAAACCUCAUAGACUUUGACAACCACUUGGAUGACCUCAGGAAUGAUUGGACAAAUCCUGAAAUCAACAAAUCGGUGUUGCAUCUAUGCUGAAGUUGUCCAAGGGGUCUACUUUACCUGUCCAAGCCAUCAAUGCCAAAAUGGGUUGUAUAUUGUUACUGUAUUCAGUCCCAUAGAAAAGGUUCUUCCCAGUGGGAAAAGCUCAGAAAUGAAAUUUCUAAAGGGCAAGCAGGACAUAGGUACCACAUGUGCUGUUUGAGAUGAUUGUGAUCUUCAUGGCAUGGAUUAUUUUUUAAACCUGUUGUCAGGCAACAGUUUGUAUGCAUCCAUUUGACGCACAACCUUAUUGCGGCAUUUCAGUUUAUUUGAUGGGCAGUUAUCUGCAAACUUUAAGCCAGCCCACCUUUUCAUAUGCCAUUAAAUAUUCUUUUUGUAAUUACUACUACAGUUUUCAAUCUGACCUUCACUUCAUUGUUGAUUUUCAUCUUUUAUGAACAGUGUAAUCUGAAUUAGCACAGAACUCUUUUGUUUCUUUUCAUAGCUUGGGAGAAACUGAUUGGAUGUGUGUGUUGCAUUGGAAUUUGAAUAGAAGUGGCAGUGUUGUGUAUUACUCGGCAUGGUUUUAGCAGCUGAAUUGGUCAGUUGGUUAUUUACCAGUUGCUGUUAUUUACCAACGAACCUGUAUUUAAAUGCUGAAAUACGGUUUGGUGUGAGGACAUAUUUUAACAUCUAUACACAAUACAAAUGUAAAUGCUAGAGAAUGAUUGAAAUGGUUUUAACUUAAUUGCUUUUCUUGUUUGUUUUUCCUGAGUUACUGUAGCCUUACAGAGAUAAUUAAUAAAUAAUCUUUCAGAGGUCAUUU